AUGCCUUCCCAAACAGACCUCGAGGACGCUAAGCGUCGCAUUGGAUACCGCGAGGGGCUGUAUCACUUCGCCGUUGCUGGCAUCGCGGGGAGCGGCAAGUCGUCGCUCAUAAAUGCCUUGCGCGGGUUGCGCAACCGAGACGCAGGUGCAGCUGCGACUGGUAUCACCGAGACGACUUUGCGUGUUGCUCGCUUCCCGGACUCGGACCCGAAGAACCCGUUCGUUUGGUACGACAUCCCAGGCGCGGGCACCAUGCAGGUGCGGGACUGGCAGUACUUCAAUCAGCAGGGGUUAUACGUAUUCGAUGCCCUCGUCGUUCUCGUCGACAACCGCUUCACCAUGACGGACGUCGCCAUCCUUCGCAACGCGCGCCUCUUCGGGAUUCCGUGUUACAUCGUUCGCUCUAAAGCGGAUGUGCACACGCGCAACGUGAUGAUUGAGAUGGGUUAUGAUAGCGAUGACGACGAGCAGGAUGCGAGCACUCGCUCUACACUUGAGUAUGCAGCCAGGGAUCACUUCAUCGGAGCGACGAGGCAGAACGUCCGGGAGAUCCUACGCGCGGCGGACUUGCCCGAGCAGCGGGUGUACAUUGUGUCGAACUCGACGAUGCUCAGCGUGACCAAAGGAAACGUCACGACGAAGGUGGGGAAGAAGAUUAUUGACGAGUUCGAGUUCCUGCAGGACUUGUUGGGCGAUGCAUAUAAGCGUAGAGGUAACACAAAGCCCAAAGGGUCGCCUGGCAAAACCCCAUAA